AUGAACGGAAAUCAUGUAAGUGUCAGGAACCUGGUUUUCAAUGCACCAGCCAUCAAAUAGCAUACUUUUGCCAAUAGUGUCAUAAUUAUGGCAACUACUCUAGCCCACGCUUCUCCAUUUGACAUGGUCGUGUAAAAUGGCAACUGAAUGCAAAUUAUCUCUGUAGAUCGGCCUCUCACAGGGCCGCCACCACCACCACCACCACCACCACCACCACCACCACCACCACCACCACCACCACCACCACCACCAUCAUCAUCAUCAUCAUCAUCAUCAUCAUCAUCAUCAUUGAGUGAGACAUUGAAAUUUCUAGUGAGACAAGCAGACGCUCAAGAUAAUGAUCGGCCGAUUUCUCUUGUAACCGAUGCAACCCAGGACAAUAAAGACUGCCCGUUAUAAGUCCAGAAUUUGGUUGGUUUCCACUGGCUAACUAAUAAAUCGCAAAUUCUGCUCACACCGUUUUACUGACACAUUAGGCGGAAAUUGAACACACAAGCUCCAUGAGAAAAUAGAGUGCAGAAACUCCUAAUAGGAGGAAGAUGUUGAUAUACACCUCAUCAACAGGGCAGACAGAAGUGGCAAUUAUAAGAAUCUGUGGAAAGCACUAGGAAAACUCAUAUCAUGUAUUUGUUUUAUCACUUCGACGAGGCACCGGAACAGACAACGCAACCUGCAAUAUACGACUCAGAGGCAUGUCAACGGGCGGAAAACAGGUAAUCCAUGGUUUUUAGGUGAGGAAGUCCUGAUUGCCUGAGACGGUUUGCGGCAGGCAAACUUAACUCGGGCCACAACCUUAACCCUACUCCCAACCCUAACCUUUUUGCUAACCAGAACCUCUAGCAUACUCACAAACCUAGCCUUAAGCCUUAACUAUGAAUGUAGUCAUUUUCUCAAGCUUAACCAUGUGUAAGAGACAAACCCACUAGUUGGGCACAGCGAGUAGGCUAUCCAGGAAAGAAAAAUAGCAGUAUCCCAACAGUUGCAAACUAGUAAAUAAGAACAAAGUCGUCGGCAGGUAAAAGUGCACGUGCGUGUUCUUUGUCUUAUUCAAAGUUGUGUCAAAGCGUAUUGUAACUGAUUAAAACAAAACGGACUUAAAUGUCACUACACAUGUACGUAAAUCUGGUAUAAUACGCCUACCAACAUCGAAUACUUAGGCGUAUCAUAGUAAUCUAGCAUGGAUUUGCAUAUCCAACCAUCACCACACUAUGCUACAGAAUUUUCAGCCCCCCUGUGAUCCGACCACCAAUUCACACAUCUGGCGUGGUUGAAUACGGAGAAGUUCACUGCAGCCCAAUUUCCAUCCUAGACCAUGACUCGGUGAUCGAUUAUGAAGUCUGCCGAUGGGCGGAUUGGCACUCAAGUUGACCCCAGCAGGUUAUAUGGCUUCAGGCGAGGACUGCUGGACACAAGUUUUGACCUCAUGUUCCCUGUUUAUGAUGGUCUCGCAAACGCCGGUUAAAAAGGUUGGAUUAGACCUUUUUUCGUGAAAUGUACACCUAAAUAUCAGGCUUAAGUCCUCAGCUGGCUUCCCAUUAGCCACGAUUCUUCGUCUCUAUCAAAGUUAAAACUGGUGCGUUGCUCGUGACAUUUCGUAAACCAGCUUCUGUUAUUCCCAACCCUUUACAUUGUUUACAGUGGUGAAAUCAUCUCUUCAUGUUGCUGUCUUUAAUUGGGACUGUUGCCGUUUGAAUGGGUGACUCGACCUCCGUCAGAAGUGAGGGUGCAAUGAGGCUAACUUAAGCAUUAAUCUAUUCCUCCCUUAUUCGCACGGACUAGAGAGGUCGGGUAUCGAUGACCGGUUUAUGCGGAGCUGGGAAUCAGCAUAUGUGAGCAGAACAAAGAGGUGGCUUUGUCCGCAGCAAGCUCCUUUUUUUUAAAAAAAUCUGCGGUUUCAUUUUUAAUGUGGUAUUUGCAGCGUGAGACGAGUUCAGACGGUUUGCAUAUACCGUGAAGACUUGGAGCUCUCGCUUUAUGUGAGGCAAUGGCGCCACCAGAGAACUCGAACGUCAACGCCACCGACGAUAUGGCAUUCUCUGCCAUACAUCAAGGGUGUUUCAGAAGCGACCGAGCGCAUUGCUGCGGAGCUAGGUGUUGGAGUUGCACACAACCCCAAGGCCACCAUGCGCCAUAGGGUCAUGAAAAGCAAAGAGCGGUUAAAGCCUGAAGAACAAUCUGGAGUAGUGUAUCGCAUCCCAUGUAAAAAUUGUCCUUGUAACUACACAGGACAGCGAUGGACUCCUGUACGAGUCUGAAAGCUCAGGACAAUAAACAAAGUGUUCCGAUGCUUGACACUUCUUCUUUACUUAAUGGCGCUAGUUUUAGUCGAUUUACACCCAAGAUUUGCUUCCUUAAAAUCAGUCUAACUGUGUAAACAGGUCUCAGAAAUGUUUUGCAGUAAAAUUUCCUGGCAUAUUCCAUGGCGCCAAGUGACUGCCGUAAAUGCACGCUGGAAACGCCUGUUGAAGCCUGUUGACUACGUAUGCGCUAGCGGUGGAAGCAUGUGCGCAGCCUUUCGGAUUAGUCCUAUCGUUGAGUGGCUGCAUUGGAAACAAAAGCCAAUAUCAAUCAUUGUUUUGAACGUUGCGCUCAUUUUUGUGCAGCUUAGGGACCUAGUGGAGACGCCUUGAUUCCCUACGUGAACAGUUAGGUAAGUAUGUUGAAAUCCGUUGAAUUUGGAUGUGCACAUGUGGAUUUAAAUUUUAGCCGUAGUUCAUAUUGGGAUUUAAAAUAGCGAGUGUAGUAGCGGUCACGUAUACAUAUAGGCAAAAUAUAGCACGGCAGUCCCCUAUAGGCCACCUGUAUUUACAAUGCCGCCUGUUGUAACGUUAGACUUCUCACUUAUUGCAGAUCCUGAGCUGACUCAAAUCUAGUACUCACAGUGCGUGGCCGAUCUCAUGAAGUGUUGGCCGAGAUUUUGAAAUGCGCUUCCGAUUAGGAAGGAUUACUAAAGUGGGGUUGUUAUACUGAUUAUCAUGCACCCUUUAACAUUUCGGGCUUGCCAGGAUGUCAGCUUUUGAAUGCACUUCUUUUUGACCUCCUGCAGAAACCACAGUCGGUAAAAAUGACAACUUAAGUAGAUUGCAUUUUUCCAAUUGAUUUUUGAUGGUCUUAUAAAUUCAACUAUGUUUUACAGAAAACAUGCACAAAGCUAUGCUUUUUCUUGCUCACUUGGAAGGAAAUCACAUUAUCUUCAUAGUUUAUGCCCGAAGAAAGUGUGCAUUUAGAUUUUAAAAAAGUUUCCCAAUUCCUGAAUAAUGUUCAGCCUGAUCUGCCAUUGUAUCAGUGUUUAGCAAUUUCAGUCUACAAGGUGCAUGCUUUCCGCUUAAGGAGAAUUAUAUACCAUAUCAUAUAUCCUAUACAAUAUUACAAUGAGUGACCGAUCUCAUAAAAUGUUGGCCGAAAUUCUGAAAUGCGUUCCCGAUUAGAAAGGACUACUUAGGUGGGGUUGUAGUACUGAUUAUCAUGCGACAUAAUUAUAUAAUAUUUCGAACUCGUCAGGAUGUCGGCUUCUGAAUGCACUUCUUUUCGUCUUCCUGCAGAAACCUCACUCGGUAAAAAUUGAUUAGUUAUGUAGCAUGCAUUUUGUACAUUGAUUUUCGAUGGUCUUGCAAAUUCAAAUAUAUUUUAUAGAAAACGUGCACAAAAUAUGCUUUAUUUUACUUGUUUAGUAGAAAAUUACAUUGUCUUUGCAUUUUGUGCCCGAGAAAAAUUUAUAUUUAGGUUUCAAAAAAGUUUUAAAUUAUGAGAUUUUUAAGAUCACGCGAUGCCCAUUCAUACAAAAUCGCAUAUGCACUUUUACCAGUGCUCCUCACGAAAUGUGCAACACAGUCCGCACCCACUGCAAAAUUUUGUGAACUUUAUAUGGUAUCUUCUUAAAAAUAUGGACAAAUAUAUGAUUUGAAUUUCAUGGAAAGCAUACACCUUGUAGACUGAAACGGCCGACCAGGAUCAAAUUAACUUGGGAAUUGGGAAGCUUUUAGAAACCUAAAUAUACCCUCUCUUCGAGUAUAAAAUAUAAAGACAACGUAAUUCUCUACUCAACAAGUGAGAGAAAGCAUAUUUUAUGCAUGUUUUCUAUAAAAUAUAUUUGAAUUUGCAAGACCAUCGAAAAUCAAUAGAAAAAGUGCAUGCUACUUAAUUAGUCAAUUUUUACCGAGUGCGGUUUUCGCAGGAGAACAAAAAGAAGUGCAUUCAGAAGCCGACAUCCCAGCGAGUCCUAAAUACUGCAGGAUUAUGUCGCAAGAAAAUCAAUAUUCCAAUCCCACCUACGUAAUUCUUCCUAAUCGAAAAUGCGUUUCAGAAUUUCGGCCAACAUUCCAUGAGAUCGGUCACGCACUGUAUUCGACGCCAUCAUCCUUUUGAUUUCGAUUAACUGCGUUUUAGCAUCAAUGCUCGGCAUCGCUGUUCUUCUGAUACAUACUGCCUCCGUACUGAGUACGUUUAUUUGCAACAGCUUUACUGUGAGGCCAGAAGUCCUAAACAUCCUUUUGACUUGAUCCCAUAUGUCUUUAAUUCUCACACAGGCUCAGAUGAGUUCAAUUUCCCAACAAAGCCGAACACGGACUUUCUUGUUCUGCAACCAUUUUCACAAAAACCACUGGUGGGUUUUAUUCCUAUUGGAUCUUUGCAGCGAACAUUAAACCUUGAUAAUCAAUGGGGUAUUUUUUCCUGCAGUCGCUUUCUCUGGGAAAAAAGUCUGUUCCAGAGGGCAACGUCUCGCAGCCCUGCACAACCGGAACAUCCUGCUGGCAAGCUCUAAGUGGUAGGAUACAUUUAAUGCAGACGGAACUGCCUUUCACAUCAGGAUUCCGAGCUCGCAUCUGAUAGUUCUGUUACGACUUUCAUGUUAAAUCAAUUCUUCGCAUUAUUGUCGUCAUAUAAUGUUUUUUCCGUCUUUCAGACAGGCAGUUUGCAAUUAUUUUGGUGGGGUCGGCGUCUGGAACCGGAAUUCUGUAUGCAUCUCCACUGGACAGAGACAAAUCUUCUUCUGCAAUCAUUAUCAAGAACACAGACGAUGACUCGACGGGUACGUUUAGACUGCUUGCUCGUAGCUCAGGUGUCUAGAGCGUUGGUUGUACCCAAAGCCUUCCCCUUGCUGACGUGGGUUAGAAUUCCACCUAGGCGCCGAAUUUUUCAUAGUCAGAUCAAUAUGAAUUACUUAAAAUCUCUCAAAACAUAUACAGCAGGUGACCUAACUCAUGAAAGGUGUCGUAAUGUACGAAUGACUUCCAAUCACUCGCAAAUCGACGCCAUUACAUGAAUCUAAUGUCUAUUUUCAUUAAGUACAAGUUUGAACGAAUUGAAAACAUAACAGAAAUGUUAAACGCAGUGUAGCGUUGUUUAGGAAUGCCGAUUUUGUUUAAAAAAGCGCAAUAUCCUGAAAACGUCAGAAAUGGCUGUAAUUUAGUAAGCUUCGUUUUCAGACGUAUAGAAUGUAUUCUAAUACUAAAAACUGGAAAUAACCAUUCCGUGGUCAUUUGUGUGACAUCACGUAAAAGUUUCCAAACGGCAAAACAAUCUUAGCCCAUUUAAACGAAGGAAUCGCUAUCUGCGUUAUUACUACACUUUAAGUCACCAAAGUGCACAGAUCUGCUAAUAUGACUUUCAAGAACUGAUACAACAUCUAGUUUUCUUAAAACAACCUUUGCGUUAGCAAUUUGAUUACCACGGUUAGCAUCGGACAUAACAUGAAUGUUCAAGUCCGGCUAAAUCUGUUUAUUAAAACUCUUGCGGGUAGGUUAAUUUUCUUUUAAUGAAAAAUCCGCUCAGAUGCGUAAUCAGAGGCUAAGACACGAAUAUAUUGUAACGUCAUUUUUGCUAAAAUUUAUUAAUAUUUUGCUUGAUAUAAUUACAUAAACACAAUUUCUGCACAAGAAAAAGACAUUUCAUUAAAGCAUGUGAUAAGCACGCAAAACGAGCAACGUUAAAGACGUCAAGAGAUUCUCCAGUCAGUUUCCGUUAUCAGGUUUCACGAGCUGGGUCACGUACUGUAUGAAUUACGUGAACCCGGUAGUCAUCUGGUGGAUUCUAGGUGAAUUUACUAAGAAAUCCUGCUUGGACAGCCAGCCUAAUGUAUCCAGAUGUUGUAGAAGGUUAAGCCGGUAACUUGACCUAAUGUGAUUAAUAUCAUGUCUCCCAGUGGAGGCUUGGCUGUACUAAAGCCUCCCCCUAUUGUGGGUUGGAAUCCCACCGAGUCAUCAAUUUUUCUACAGUUGUGUCAAUAUGACCGAAAAAUGUUUGAUGACGAGGUAAACAUUCAAGAGAAGUUAAGCUGUAUUUUCUUCCAAAAUAAAGCUUUCCUAAAUAGGAAAUGUGAAGUUGCAGACACGAAUGCGAACCGUUUUCCGAACAGGCCUGAUGACACGAUAAAAUUAUGCGUUUCCGUCUCCCUCGCGCAUUUUACUCAGAUAGGCGUUAGUUUAAACGUUAUAUCCUCAUGGCUGAUGGUAGGCUGACAGUAGAAACGGGUAAUUCAAGCCCGCCGAUGCCAGUGUCAGCAUAGCCCUUACCUUAACGUUGGCGCAUAGAUAAAUGAACGUCAGAACUGAAAAAAAUGAGAUUAAAUAACAGCCCUGCUGGGUUUUGUUGAGGAUGGAAAAUGAUGAUGGUUUACUCACGAGGCAGAAUUUUAGAUGCGUUGCGCUCUUCUGUUAUUAAUUGUCAUUCAGAUUGCAAUCUAACCCACGUGCUGCUCCAUGCAGACUUACCCUUGCCAAAUGACGUUGGCAGCAUUGUAAAACUUGAACUGAACGACACAGCAGGGACCGUGAUACUACUACUAUACGCUGAAGAAGUUGGGGUAUGUGUAGAUGCUUGAAUCUAAAUAUAAUUUCGCUUAUUUUGUAAAUUCCACUUUGAUUUUGCUGACCCUUCCUCGUAAGUGUUUUCACUUUUAUUACUCACAUUUGGUCUACUUGUUUCAGAACACAACUGCUGAUGGAAACAUACGAUACAUUGACGAGCACGGCGGAUCUGCGGACAGACAUGUUUUGGUCAUUCCUUACCGUAGGUCUCCAUUUGAUAUUGUGAACGUCACAGUACUUUGAGCAGAAAGGGUGACUUGCAUCAUUAUUGCGUUUCUUUAGACCAGCAUCCAUUUUCGCACAGUAAAUACAGAAAAGAGACAUUAACUUCAAUGGAAUAGAUGCCGGAAACAAAUAUUAAGAAAAUUAGCUGGAUCUGCUGAGAGGAAACCUUGACAUGCAUAAUGGUAUAGACGUUAAGCAAAGUUAGGAUAAAGUAGAUACACAUUAGAUAUUUCUUUAAAAAAUAAACAUUCCAUAUACAAUAUCAUUUCACAUGAUAGCCCAAUUAUGGUGCCAAAUUCACGAAACAAAAUGAGUUAUGUUUUGUUAGAGUAUGCUGCCAAAGUCCCUUUUAUCUCUGUCAUUGUCACACUCUGAGUAAUAUCCCAUUCCGAUUUGAGCAAAAUUUGUUACAUUUCCCAAACCAAUAGUUGCCAAGGAAUUAGAAGGAAAGGUCACAGUUUUGCUGACAGGACACGUGGAAAAUUCGGUAUUAGAAUACGUGCUUCAUUUCUCGGAGGGAAAAUCUGCCACGGUUAGGAUUGAUCCGAUGGAGGGUCCUCCAGUGAACAAAUUAUUUCUUGUUCCCUUCAGUGGUAAGUGCGCUGUGAAACGUUAAACAAUUCUAAUUUGUGGAUUGAAUUUUUGUGUUUGAAGUUCCAGUAUUACAUGGGUUGGUGGGAUAACUCAGGAAAUGUCAACCGGAAUUCCGGAAUGCGUUUUCAUUUUAAAAAGAUUAGUAAAGUAUGGUUGUGAAACUAAUUAUCUUGCAGCAAAAUUCUAUAAUAAUUCAGUUACUCCAAGAUGCCGGCUUUUGAGUGAGCUCCGUUCCGGCAGCAUGCAAAAGCUAUACGCUGUAAAAAUAACUACAUAAGUAGCAUGAAUUUUUAUCUUUACGUUUCGAUGCCUUUAGAAAUUAAAUUAUCUUUCAUGGAGAACAUACUAAUUUGGUAGAAACUUAUGCCUUCUUCUAAUUUUUGACUCGACAAAAGGGUAUAAUUCGGCUUUCAAAAAUUUGUAAUUGUGAGAUCUUUUAAUACCAUGAAAUGAUCAUUCAUAAAACGUCAUGUCUCUGCGUUUACCAAUGUGGCUUGUUAAGUUGGCAAUAUGGCUCAAAUCUACUGCUAAAUUUUAUGAACGCCAUAUAGUCUCCUCUUAGUACCGUAGAGGAACGUAUGGUUUUCAUAUGCGGAAAAUAUACGGCUUCUUGUCUGGAAAGUCUGAAUGCAAGUAUAACGGCAGGUCGGGUUCAAGAGUAUUCGGAAAUUGGAAAAGUUUUUGAAAACUGAGUUAUACCCUUCCUUCGAGUAUAAAAUUGGAAGAAGAAGUCAUUUUCUAUCAAGUGAGUGAUGGAAUCAAUAUUUUAAUGCAUGUUUUCCAUAAAAUAUAAUUGAAUUUAUAAGGGCAUCGAAAAUCAAUGUAAAAAAUUCAUGCCACUGAAGUAGCAUCUUCAGCAUCAUCCCAAACACAAUCCAAUCCAUCGGUCUAGAUUUACUGAAAUACCUGCAGAUCAACGCAUUGUUUAACCCAUCAUGCCCUUUCAUAUACCUUUUUCAGGCAGUCCGCCAAAUUCCCCGGAAUUAAAGUGA